GUGUUUAUCUUCCUUCAACUUUGUUGAGGCUUUGUGUGUGUGUGUGUGUGUGAGAGUGUUUUUUUUUUUUUCUUCCUUCAGUGGGUUUCCUGCUGAAGCCCGGACUUUCUCCUCCCCUCUCGCAGCAGAGGAAGAGAGGGAGGAGGAGAGAGAGCAAGAGAAAGGAGGGGAACAGGAGAGGACUGAAGGAGAGAGAGUGAGAGAGAGAGAGAGAGAGAGAGAGAACAUCAGAAGCUGAAGAACUUGCCGUGUUCAUCUGCGAGGCUUACGUAAUGGGGAAGGUGUGAACAGAGGUCUGCUGGAAGUCUGAACGGAGCGGGGGAUAGAGAAGAAGAGACGGACGGAGGGAGAAAGGACUGCAACACUCUGAGGUGGACAGCCGACCUAAAGAGGAGUGACCUGGGAGAGGCCGUUUGGACUCGCAGUUUGCGUGUGUGCGAGUCACCGACUGAGUGAGCGUGCGUGUGUGUGUGUGUGUGUGUGUGUUUAAGGUGAGAGCAAGCGUGCGAGCAGAGGUGUAAGGUGAGAGUGUGAGUGUGUGUGUCCGCUCCCUCACACCCAUCUCUGCUCCUUGCUCCCCUGUCUACACACACUUUCUUUCUUUCUUUCUUUCUCAUUUUUUUUCCCUCCCUCUCUCUCUCUUUCCAUCCGUUUCAUUCUCUUGGUCUACCUCGCGGACACUCAGCCGAUAGUGCCCAGUGAUGGCCAACGCUAGCCCGUGCAUGCCUUCGGGGCCCCUGGCCCACCCGGUCUUCUUCCCCCCUGGGGGGCCCUCGCCCCCAGGCUCCGUGGUCAUGCAACACGGGCCCCCCAUGGCCAUGCCUCCGGGGGCCACCGUCUCGGGGUUCCCCCCCUCGCUGGACAUGGGGGUGGCAGUGACCCAGGGCCCCGGUGGAGUGGGCACCCUGUCCCCUGUGCUCCCGGCACCCAUUGGGGUCUCCUUCAUCAUUCAGAUCGGACUGACCCGCGAGUCCGUCUUUCUGCCGCAGACAGCUGACCUGGCCUACGUCAAGCAGAUCGCCUGCUCCAUAGUUGACCAGAAGUUCCCCGAGUGUGGUUUCUAUGGCAUGUAUGAUAAGAUCCUGCUCUUCAAGCACGACACGGGAACCAACAACAUCCUACAGCUGGUCAAGGCAGCUUCGGACAUCCAGGAAGGUGAUCUGGUAGAGGUGGUGCUCUCAGCGGCGGCCACCUUUGAGGACUUCCAGAUCCGUCCCCAUGCGCUGAACGUGCACUCCUACCGGGCGCCGGCCUUCUGUGACCACUGCGGCGAGAUGCUGUUUGGCCUGGUGCGGCAGGGCCUCAAGUGUGACGGCUGUGGGCUGAACUACCAUAAGCGCUGUGCCUUCAGCAUCCCCAACAACUGCAGUGGGGCGAGGAAGCGGCGCCUGUCGACCACGUCACUGACUAGCAGCCAAUCCAUGCGUCUGACCACCAGUGAGUCCCUGAGCACCGUCAGCACCACCUCGGAGGAAACCAAUCUCGUACGCUCACACACACAGAUGCCUCGGACCCCAAGCGAGGCGCGGCGCUUCACCUGCCGGCCAGUGCACCUGGAUAAGAUGCUGAUGAGUAAGGUGAAGGUUCCGCACACCUUCGCUGUACACUCCUACACGCGGCCCACCGUCUGCCAGUACUGCAAGCGCCUGCUGCGCGGACUCUUCAGACAGGGCCUCCAGUGCAAAGACUGUAAAUUCAACUGCCACAAGCGCUGUGCCUAUAAGGUGCCCAACGACUGUCUAGGAGAGACCAUAGACAUCCUGAGUCCCAGUGCGGAUACUGAGGUGCCCAUGGACUACAGCAGUGAGUACGCCGACUCUGAUAAGUCUUCUCUGAUGGACGACUCGGACGAGGCCUGCAGCAUCCCCGGGUCAUUCUCCCCAGACAGCGGACAGGACGGAAGCAGUGGGGACCAGAGUGUGAACAUCCCUCUGAUGAGAGUAGUCCAGUCCAUGAGGCAGACCACACGUCGUUCCAGCACCUCCAUCAAAGAAGGCUGGAUGGUCCACUACAGCAACAAGGACACACUGAGGAAGCGGCACUAUUGGCGCCUGGACUGCAAGUGCAUCAUCCUCUUCCAGAAUGACACCACCAACAAAUACUACAAGGAGAUUCCUCUUUCUGAGAUCCUGGAGCUGAGUCCGGCUGUGGACUUCAGCCUAUUGCCCGCGGGUGCCAGCCCCCACUGCUUCGAGAUCAUCACGGGCACUAUGCGCUACUUCGUGGGCGAGGACCCUAACCCGCCCCUGCCCCCCAACAUGGCCUCUCCCCCUUCCCCCAGCAGUGUUGCACCCAAUAGCGGUGUGGGGCGGGAGGUCGCCAAGGCCUGGGAGAGCGUCAUUCGCCAAGCCCUCAUGCCCAUCAUCUUCCAGGAUGCGCCCCCCACUGAGGGCAACACCCCCCACCGACAAGCCUCUGUGAGCAUCUCUGUCUCCAACAGUCAGAUCCAGGAGAAUGUGGACAUUGGCAUGGUGUACCAGAUUUUUGCAGAUGAGGUGUUAGGCUCUGGACAGUUUGGGGUGGUAUAUGGCGGGAAACACAGGAAAACAGGGCGGGACGUGGCGGUGAAGGUGAUUGACAAGCUGCGCUUCCCCACCAAGCAGGAGUCUCAGCUGAGGAAUGAGGUGGCAAUACUGCAGAGUCUGCGCCACCUUGGCAUUGUUAAUCUGGAGUGUAUGUUCGAGACGCCGGAGAAGGUGUUUGUUGUCAUGGAGAAGCUCCACGGCGACAUGCUGGAGAUGAUUCUGUCCAGUGAGAAGGGCAGGCUGCCCGAGAGACUCACCAAGUUCCUUAUCACACAGAUCCUGGCUGCCCUGCGGCAUCUGCACUUUAAGAACAUAGUGCACUGUGACCUGAAGCCUGAGAAUGUGCUGCUAGCCUCCGCUGAACCCUUCCCUCAGGUGAAGCUGUGUGACUUUGGCUUUGCCCGCAUCAUUGGCGAGAAGUCGUUCCGGCGCUCUGUAGUGGGCACACCUGCGUACCUGGCUCCUGAGGUGCUCCUGAACCAGGGUUACAACCGCUCGCUGGACAUGUGGUCAGUGGGGGUCAUCAUGUAUGUCAGCCUCAGCGGCACCUUCCCCUUCAACGAGGACGAGGACAUCAACGAUCAGAUCCACAACGCCGCCUUCAUGUACCCCCCCAACCCCUGGAAACAGAUCUCUCCUGAGGCUAUUGACCUCAUCAAUAACCUGCUGCAGGUGAAGAUGAGGAAACGCUACAGUGUGGAUAAAAGCCUUAGCCAUACCUGGCUGCAGGACUACCAGACGUGGCUGGACCUGCGUGAGCUGGAGACGAAACUGCGCGAGCGCUACAUCACCCACGAGAGCGAUGACAGCCGCUGGCAGGCCUUUGCCCGUAACCACACUCUGCCCUACCCUGCCCACCUGGUGCCCCCGCCCACCGCAGAGGAGGACGAGGGCGGAGAGGACGCCGACAUGCAGGGCCUCACCGAGAGGGUCAGCAUCCUGUAGAGAGCAAGAUGGAGUGAAGAGGAGGAGGAAGAGGAAGAGGAGGAAGAGAGGGGGGGGUGGCGCCAACAUGCAGGGCCUCACCGAGAGGGUCAGCAUCCUGUAGAGAGCAAGAUGGAGUGAAGGAGGAGGAGGAGGAAGAGAGGGGGGGUGGCGCCAACAUGCAGGGCCUCACCGAGAGGGUCAGCAUCCUGUAGAGAGCAAGAUGGAGUGAAGAGGAGGAGGAGGAGAAAGAGAGGGGGGGGGGGAUGUGGCGCCAACAUGCAGGGCCUCACUGGAAGAGUCAGCAUCCUGUAGAGAUAGAGAAUGAGACGGAGGAGGAGAGGCCCAAGGAUUCAUCAUCAUCAAGCAUUGUUUAUUUAGGGGAAACUGACUGAGCAUUAAGCUCUUUUACAGUAAUGCCCUGAGUUUACAAACAAAAGUCUAACAAAAAACAAGGUGCUGGACGGAGCGGCGUGCUAACCCAGCACACUUAUUUUAAAUAAUUGUUAUAAAUAAUAAUAAUAAUUUAAGGAUAUUAUUAGGGAGGUGGGGGGACAAAAGGUGUAGAGUGAAGGAGGAGGAGAGGCUGAAACAAUGGAGAGAGAGAGUUCCAUUAAAAACAGGUGGAGGAGGCUCACUGAAUGUAAUCGAUUCCUGUAAGGAUGGAGAGAGGAGAUGGAGAGGACAGUGCAUCAGCAUGAGUACAUCAACAUCUUGAGACGAUGGGAGGAGGGGGCGUUUAGAAUGUUGUAGAAUGAACAUUCUAAAGUAUAUCUUGGCCUGUAGAGUACCGAAGUGUGACGUUCAGUUUUCAUGACGGCAGUGAAACGGCAGUAAACAAACUUUCAAAGUGGCUUCAUAGCAUUGAAUGUAGACAUGUGGGAUGUUUCUACCCCAAUACAUUGAAUAUGACAGAAUUUUUAGUAGAAUUUUAGAUUGUUGAUGAGCACAUUCUAUUAGUAUAAGUAUAUAUACUUUUUUGAUCCCGUGAGGGAAAUUUGGUCUCUGCAUUUAACCCAAUCUGUGAAUUAGUGAAACACACACAGCACACAGUGAACACACAGUGAGGUGAA